AUGUUGCGCCAGACUCCCUUCGCAUUUGGGUCUUCGACCACACCAGCAGGCAAUCCAAGUGGAGGAAAUGCCUUCAGUUUUGGCAAUGCAUCUAAUAACACUGCCUCUGGCACAACUGCUUCGACUGGAACUGGUCUUUUUGGUACCAAUACUACCGGAACUGGCCUGUUUGGUAGCAAACCAGCUGCAACGACUACUGCACCUUCUGGUACUGGUUUGUUUGGUGCUACAGCUGGAAGUACUAACAGUGGUACUGGUUCUACAGGAUUAUUUGGCGGUGCAUCGACUGGAACUGCUGCCAAGCCACUUUUUGGAGCUGCUACUUCUACAACCCCAGCUACAUCUGGAACUGGUUUGUUUGGUGCUUCGACUAAUAAUAAUGCCAGUUCGACUCCAGCUUCGGGAACUCCCUCGUUGUUUGGCAGCUCGACAACUGGUACUAGUAAUGCCAGUAAGCCUCUUUUUGGCUCUGUAGCCACAUCAACAACAAGUUCAGAAGCAUCUAAACCAUUAUUUGGAGCUGCAACUGCCACUUCCCAACCAGCUCCUUCAUUGUUUGGUGGUGCUGCUAGUUCAACCACCACAAAUACUACUAGUAGUGGCCUUACUAAACCACUAUUUGGAACUGCUGCUAGUACUGGCACAUCUACUGAACCUGCUAAGCCAUUAUUUGGAGCUGCUACAACCACCUCUGCCACUACAGAGCCAGCUAAGCCAUUGUUCGGAGCUGCCACUACUUCGACCUCCUCGAGCCAACCAGCCAAGCCAUUGUUCGGAGCUGCCACUACUUCGACCUCCUCGAGCCAACCAGCCAAGCCAUUGUUUGGUGCUGCUGCCACUGGUACCUCAAGUGAACCAGCCAAACCAUUGUUUGGUGCUGCGACCACUGGAACUAGUAGUGAGCCUGCCAAGCCCUUAUUUGGUGCUGCUGCCACUGGCGCAUCAACCGAGCCAGCUAAGCCAUUAUUUGGUGCUGCUGCUAGCACUGCCACAACUUCUGCUGAGCCUGCCAAACCUCUCUUUGGAGCUGCUAGUACCAGUACUAGCACACCUCUGUUUGGAGCCAAACCUGCUACCUCAGAACCAGCAAAGCCCUUAUUUGGUGCUGCCACCACUAAUACUGCUACCUCAUCCAAACCUGCUGAAACUGCUAAACCAUUGUUUGGUGCUGCUACUACUACCAGCACAAGUACUACCGAGCCUGCUAAGCCUUUGUUCGGUGCUCCUGCAGCUACUUCAAGCUCGACUACCAAUACAACUUCAUCCGAACCAGCUAAACCACUAUUUGGAGGUGCUACUUCAACCGCCAAAACUACAGAGCCAGCCAAGCCAUUAUUUGGAGCUGCUCCUACUACUACCUCAACUACUACUGCCACAACAUCUGCUCCUACCACAUCAGGCACUAAAGCUGCUUCUGCAUCAUCUACUACUGCUCCGGCUACUAAACCAGAAGAGAUUGCUCCUUCCCUUUACCUUAAAAACAAGUCCUUUGAAGAUAUAAUUGCCAAGUGGACAAGUACUUUAGCACAAAACACUGCGGACUUUCAAUCACAGGCAAUUUCAAUUGCCGGUUGGGACCGUGUCUUAGUUGAGAAUGGAGAAAGAAUUUCAGAGGUGUUUUCGGAAGUAGUUUUGGCAGAACAGAACCAAGGUAAGGUUGAUCAGAUGCUUCAAUACAUUUCAAGACAGCAAGAUGACCUAGAGACUCUUUUGGAGGGUUAUGAGAAGCAAGCCUCGCACUUCUUGUCGGAUAUGGCUGGUCCUGAAGGAAUGCAACCUGUUGAUCAGGAAAGAGAGAAAGCUUAUCGUGUAGCAGAAGACCUUAAUGAAAAGCUCGAGAGCAUGGAUAGCAAUUUGGCCAGUGUCAUUGAAGAAAUCAACAAGGUUUCAAGCGACCUUACCCGUGCCAAGGAUGACGAUGCUCUCACCCAAAUUGUCAAGAUUCUCAAUUCACACUUGUCCAGUUUACGAUGGAUCGAUUCCAAUACAUCGCUUCUGCAAGAAAAGCUAGACAAGAUCCAUACUCUCGAAUCGCAAACCCGAGACCAUCUUAAUGAGAGCCAACGUUUUGGCGCUUACUAG